UCUUUUUACUAGCAUAUGAGAAUCACCAUGCAAUUUUCCUUUCUUUUUGAAAAAUUAAUUAAUUGGUUUUUUGAAGUCAAAAGGGAAUUUCUAAGACGGCAAGGUUCCAACCUUAAUGAUUAUAUAUCAAUCAUUUUCUUGCGUCAUGGGUUUCUGUGUGUCAUCACUUAGAAAACAAGAAAGACAGCGCCCCAUUAUGGCCACGUUGGCCUUGUGCUGUUUUUAUAUGUACGCGCUUUCUUCACCAUGCGUUUUGGCGUUUGAACGUUUCUAACUACAGCUAGCCUAGGAUUCAUCUCUAUAGAUGCAUGCACAACUCCACGAUAAAUCGUCGAAUUAAACAACAUUCAACGACAACUCUGAUUGAGGUCUUGUUCGUGGAGAAAUUAAGAUGGAGAUAAUUUACCAGUCUCACAUCGACAGGGAGAUUGAAUCGCUCAUAGAAAGAAUCCAUCCACCCAGGGUCUGUAUAGACAACGAUUCCAGCAGAGACUGCACAGUGGUGAAGAUUGAUAGCGCGAACAGGCAUGGGAUAUUAUUGGAGAUGGUCCAGGUGUUGACAGAUCUUGAUCUCGUCAUUUCCAAAUCAUACAUUUCUUCCGACGGUGGAUGGUUAAUGGAUGUGUUCCACGUGACGGACCAUGAUGGAAACAAGCUUACCGACAGAGGACUCGUCCAUUACAUUCAACAGACACUGUGCGAGGCUAGAAGCAACAGCAAAGAAAUUUCAAGUGACAUAGAGCUAACAAGCUGCAAUGAACCACCACGACUGGUGAACUUAGCAAUAGAGUUGACCACAGCGAACCAGCAUGGCCUGUUCUCGGAGAUGUCAGCGGUUCUAUUGGGCCUGGGCUUCAACGUCACCUCCGCCACGGCCUGGACCCACAACGACAGGGUGGCCUGCAUAAUCCACCUGGAGGACGCAAAGAAACUUGGGCCCAUUAACGCAGAACGUCUGGCCCAGGUCCAGCCCGAGCUGCGGAACGUAGUGAAGGCCCGUGAUAGGAACGGGGAAGAAGAGAGAGUGAGGUUGAGGCUGAGGAGCUUCGGCGCCGGGCGCAACCACACCGAGCGGCGGCUCCACCAGAUGAUGUAUGCCGACGGGGACUACGAGAGGUGCCGUGCGUGCCAUGUCGGAGACAGAAACGGUGAGAAGAAGAAGGGGUGUGAGGAGACCCAGGUUACUGUGGGCAGAUACGAAGAGAAAGGGUACUGGGUUGUGAACGUCAGGAGCAGGGAUCGUCCUAAGCUUUUGUUUGAUACUGUGUGUGUGCUCACCGACAUGCAGUACGAGGUGUUUCAUGCGGCUGUUAGCUCCAAUGGCUCCAUGGCUGACCAGGAGUACUUCGUAAGACCCAAAGGUAGUUCAAAUUUGGACAAUGAAAGCGAGAAGCAAAAGCUCAGCCUAUGUUUAAUCGCAGCCAUAGAGCGCAGAGUCUCACAUGGAUUGAAGGUAGACAUUCGCGCUGAAAACACAACGGGGCUACUAUCAAAAGUCACUCGUGUGAUUCGUGAGAAUGGACUAUCCAUAACAAAGGUUCAGAUAGGAGUAGAGAGUGAUGAGAUGGCAGUAGGAUCAUUCUGUGUUGCAAAUUCUUCAGGUCAAGAAGUGAACCCAAACAUAGCAGAGUUGGUGAGAAGAGAAACUGGUGGGUCUGUAGUUGCAAAUUACAAUUCGCCUUACAGGGUCCCUAAAUCCUUGUCAUCGAGUAAAACCAUGCAUGAAACCAAGAGUAGCACAGAGGUUGGACAAAGGUUUUCCAUUGGAAGCAUGCUAUGGUCUCAGCUUGAGUGCCUUUCCAAUAAUUUCCGUCCCAUUAGAUCUCAUAAGCUUUAAUUAACAAGCCAUAGUUAUUUAUUCCUCAAGAAAUAAGCACUCUACAUAUGAUUCUCGAUAUCGCCUUAAAAUUGCAUACCACUUGAUGUGAGAUGAUAUUUGCAGAUCAAUUGUAAAUAUUUAUGAUAA